AUGGCCACAUCUGCAACCAGCGUGUCAACGUUGGUGCCUGCAGCAGCGACCCCAGCAGCACUAUUCUCCAGUUGUGUCAAGAGUGUUGCUGGGAAGCUUGACCUGUGGCGCGUGUACCUGGACCAAUGCCCCGAAUGCGGAUGUGUUCAUGGUGGCGGUGUUGCUGGCACCGGAACGCGGCCAGAGCGCCACAUCUACGAGUACACUCGCGGUGUCCCCGACGACUUGCUGUGCCCGCUGUGCGGCGAGGUAUUCCAGGCUCCUGUAAAGAUCCCUUGCGGCCACCACUACUGCAACAUCUGCGUGCGAAUGCUCCUCACACGCACUUCUGGCAAGGUCGCCUGUCCCCUUGACGGUCAGGCCAUCACGCGGUUUGCCCUGCAGCCGGCUGGGCCUCAGGUGCUCGAGGGGGUGGGGAGUUUGUGGAUCCGCUGCCCCGUCUGCAAGGAGGAGGUGAGGAAGUCUCAGCUGGACCUCCACCUGCAGGACCCCGUGUGCAUGGUGGAGACGCCUGCGGCGUACGGGGCGAUCCUGAGGCCUUUCUACUUGAGCUGCCCUUUGUCGACCUUCACCGUGGGUGAGCUCAAUGGUUCCAGCUCCCUGAUCAGAUUCUACCGCCGGCUCGGGCCGGAUGCAUUGAAGCGCUUCGUGCUCACAAUGGACUCCUUCAUUGUGCUGCCAGAUCCCAAGAUGGGGUUCCAGCCGCACACCGAAGAUGAUGCCCAGGCGUUCAGGAGGAACGGAGGUUACUUUGUCGCGUGGUGGAUUCACCCGAGCUUCCGUCCAGAGGUUUGGUGGCGGACGGGGGAGGACGGCGACGGCGACGGGGACACCGCGGGCUCGCCGGCGCCGCCGUCGCCUGCUUCCGGUGCCGGGUCCACAGGGGACGGUGCCGGCUUCUUGCGGGGGCACGACUGUUCGGCGGAGCCGUGGCACGAGUCUUCUUUUGCCCACACGUGGUCCGCGGUCCGGAAGCCAGAGAGCCCGCGGUACAUCUGUUGUUUGCGCGAUCUUCGGGGGGAGGAUCUGCCCAUGCUGGAGGGCUUCAGGAAGGAGGUCCUGCGGUUCCUCAAGGAUAACUUCCUCGCAGACGAGUCCCGCGUGUCGAUCUUCUGCCACUACCCUGCCAGCGCUCGCUAUUCGACGCUACACUUUCACAUCAUUUGGGAGGGGGAGCAACGCUUCCAGUUCGAAAAGUACGCACGCAAGCUGGAGCGGCCACACCAAUUGAGCCGGCAGUUUUCGCUCGGGGAGAUCAUCCGACUCCUGCGGGCAGACCCCAUGCAUUUUGAGACCUGCACCCUGAGCUACUUCCUGGGGGACAAGGCCGACCUGAUGGACCCCAUUUCGGCCUUCUUCGGGUGCUCGCCACACAAGUACCUCCGCGACUUCACCUUCCACUGGGAUCCCUGCGCGGUGGCCUCCCACCAGGCCGUGCAGGCGACGGGCGCGGCGUCGCUGCGGGAUGGCCCCGACCCGCGCGGCGGCACCGGCUUGGGCGCCGCCGCCACCCUCGAGGGAGGCGUGGUCGCCGCGGGCAGUGGCGGCGCGAUGCUGCCCGGCGCCGAGGAGCGGCUGUCCCUGCAGCUCGGCGAGCUCGCGCGUGCGCUCGAGGGCGUGCGGAAGACGGUCGAGGCCCUCGCGGCGGCCUCGGAGGAGCAGGCGCGGGGCCAGCGCUGGGAGCAGAGCGGAGCCUACAAGCUGGCCAUCUCCACGCCCGGGGGCCGUGGCGGGGCCGCGCUGCCCUGGGCCGCGGCGGGGGCCGCCGCCGGGGCGCUGCUGGCGCUGCUUGCGGCGGCGGGCGUGGGCGCCCGUCCAGCCGUGGCGACGAUGGGGGGGAACCUCGGCGACGCAGCCCGCAUGGGCGAGGACCCUGACGAGCUCGCGAAGUAUCGCAAGGAGACACAUGUCAAUAUCCAGCGGCUCGGCAACGUGUACCUCGCCAGCAAGCAGGCGGACAGAGCCGACCCUGAGAUGGCUAGCGAGUUCGAGGUCGUCAAGUUCAUGAUGUCCGCCAGCAAAGGCAUUGAUCAAGUGAAUGACAAGCGCGACAAUAUGUUCAUGGAGCCAGAACUCCACGCCGCCAGAGACGCCGAGCUGCUCGCGCACAUUGGGAAGAUUGCGCAGUCCAUCGAUACAGUUUCUGACAGCAAAGAAGCCGCACACGAGAAGCUCAACCAUAUUAUGACGGCAAACAACUUCCACGACUACCAUCUCAAGCACAUCAUUGACCAGCAGAUGGCUGGGUUUCCCCAGCCUGGCCCGCCGCCUAUGAUGCAGGCAGCGGGGUCGGAGGCGCAGAUGCAGCAUCACGCGGGCGGUUCCAUCGGAGCACAUGCAGACAGCGGCAGCGGUAGCCGCGCCGCCGCCCCCACAGGGCCAUUGGGCCUGGCCACCGCAGCCCCCGCCCCCGCCGGGAGCCGUCGGCGCGACGCCCCCACCGCGGCCUCCAAUUGCGGAACCGUCUCAGGCUGGGCAGCGGCAGCAGCUGUCAGCGCGCCGGCGCCGAUGGCCGCGGCAGACGGCGGGGGGGCGGGCGCAGCGGAGGCUGCGAAGAAGGCAACGGAGGAGGCGCCCAAUCAGCCAGCCGUCAAGGCGGAGAAGCCCGGGCGCGCGAAAAAUGAGGCAGUUCCCAGCUGCCGCAGAGGCUGCCGAGGCACUAGCCUCGAGGAGAUGCACGACCGAUCCGAGGUAUAUCAAGAAUCUCGUUCGGUGGAGCCGCAGCGCGAGAGUUCAGGACUCAUGAGGCAGGUUGUUCGCGCAUGCGUCGGGAAAUGCCUCGCGAUAGACAGCCCCGCGAAGCUCUCGCAACAGCCGGAGACGCACCGCCUCAACCCGGUUCAGACUGAGGGGCGCAACUACGCCCGAUGA